CUGGACAAAUCAUCACACAGGGUCAAGAACUCCGAAGCGAGAGAGCGCCCAAUCCCAUGCUGCUCUCCCAAUCUCCAGCCGCUACCCAUCCGCAGCUACCCACCACCUCUUCCUCCUCCUCCCGCCGCACGCACCGCUCGGCACCGCCAUGCCCGCGCGCCGGCGCCGCACCGGCGGCGGCGGAGUCGCUCCUCCCUCCCGAGCUGCGGGCGGAGUCGCUGCCGCGUCACGUGGCGGUGGUGAUGGACGGGAACUCGCGGUGGGCGCGCGCGCGGGGGAUGCCGUCCGCGUUCGGGCACGAGGCCGGGCGGCGCGCGCUGGAGGACACGGUGCGGCUCUCCCGCGCCUGGGGCAUCCGCGCGCUCACCGCCUUCGCCUUCUCCCACGAGAACUGGAGCCGCCCCAAGCUGGAGGUUGAUUUCCUGAUGGGGUUGUUCGAGCGAGUGAUCAACGACAGCGUCGCCGAGUUCUUGAGAGACGGAAUUCGCCUACGGGUGAUCGGCGACUGCUCGAGGCUGCCGGCGUCGCUGCAGAGGACCGCGAGAGAGGCCGAGGAGGCGACGAGGAACAACUCCCAGCUCGACCUCACGCUAGCGAUCAGCUACAGCGGGCGAAGGGACGUGGUGCAAGCCUGCCGGAGCCUCGCCGAGAAGGUGCGCGCCGGGCUGCUCAGGCCGGAGGACAUCGACGAGUCGCUGUUUGCCGGCGAGCUCGAGACGAGCCGCGGCAGCGACGAGCUCCUCCCUUGCCCUGACCUGCUCAUCCGGACCAGCGGCGAGCUGAGGCUCAGCAACUUCUUGCUCUGGCAGUCGGCAUACUCCGAGCUCUUCUUCACCGACACGCUGUGGCCGGACUUCGGGGAGGCUGACUACCUCGAAGCGCUGUGCUCCUUCCAGAGCAGAGACAGGCGGUUUGGCCGACGGAAUUUGUAGCAUUAGGCCACCAAAAGGUUGAUGUUUUUAGAAGCUUGAUAGUAGCAGGUAAAGCAGUUCCCAUGAAACACCGUAUGGUGUAUCAAGUCCAAUCAUUCUGUAUUUCAUACAUGGAACAACAAUUUAAGAUA